AUUCGAACGGACUUCUUCCAAGGUCUCAAUGAGCUCUAUGCGGUCAACGUUGGUGGCAACCGAAUUGAACGUGUUGAACCGUUGGCGUUUGCAAAUUUACCAGAAAUCAGCAAUCUCGAUAUAAGGUUAGUGAAACGUUUAUUUCAAUUGUAA